AGAGAGUGAUCUUGUUUGCGUCCCCCUGGUCUGGACUGAGGUUUGUGGUAGUGGAGUGAUCUCCUGGCUUUCCAUGGCGGUCACCAAGCAGCUCUGGAUCCGGAUCGUUUACGCCACAGUGGGCACCAUAAUUGGUUUGUCGGCUUUCCUGGCCUGGAAUGUGGCUUUUGGGCAGCCCUGGACUGCGGCCAUGGGUGGCCUGUCAGGCGUUUUGGCCCUGUGGGCCCUCAUCACACACAUCAUGUAUGUCCAGGACUUCUGGAGAACAUGGCUGAAGGGACUGCGCUUCUUCCUCUCUAUUGGGAUUUUCUUCUUUAUCCUGGCUGCCAUAGCUUUCAUCACAUUCCUUGCUUUAGCCAUAACCAAUCAUCAAUCUAUCGUUGAUCCAAAGAGUUUCUACUUGUCCUGUGUAUGGAGUUUCAUGUCCAUGAAGUGGUCCUUCCUGCUGGGCCUCUACGCCUACCGUUACAGAAAAGAGUUUGCUGACAUCAGUAUCCUCAGUGACUUCUGACCCUCAUUCCGAGUGACUGAAAGUGGAUUUUUUAAAUUCUUUGGAUAUAUAACAAGCCCGUCUUUUGCUCAGCUGUUCCACAAUGGCUUCUGAAGGAAACUGCUCUAAGGAGUUGAAGGAUCCUUGGGGAAGAACAUUGCAUUCACACUCUUGUUUCCGCACCUGCUUCCUCCAUAACUAGUAUUAUAAUUUUUUUUCUUAUUUCGUAACCUAUUCUGGUUAUGGAAUUUGCAGUGAUUUUACGGGGAGUAGCUGAGCGCUGCUUCUCUCAGACAGAGCUAAUCGGCACAGUCACUUUAUCGCGGCUCUGCGCAAAUGGAAAUGGAUUGGUUAGGUCUGGCGAUUCCGCAAAGCGGCACAUGUCUUCAUGAAGAUGUCUAGUGAAUUACAUCACAAGGAUUUUACUUUCUUUUUAACACAUGCUAACAAUGUCCGUGUCCUUGUGCAACUUAAAAUAAUGGAUAUUUUUGGAGUUUGUCCUCCAAAGUUAGAAAUAAACAGUUUUUAGGACGCUGGAUGGUAAACUACAGCCCCGGCCCUGAUGUCCUUAUUCAGCAGCUCAGUGUAUGACCCUCAUAACCUGCACUAUGUGUGACCCGUCUGUGCAUUUGGAGAGGAUCUUUGGAAUCUGUUCUGAAAACUGAAUCUUAAGAUAAAACUGAACUUCUUAAAGGGGUUUCCUUUUAGGGUCUUCAUUGCUUACAUGGGGCCAUUUACCCGCACGCCAUGUACUUGGUAGUGACGGUGCAGCGUAUUGAAGCUUUGUUCCAUUCUCUUAAAUCGGGGGAAGCUGCAAUAUCCUGCCCCUCCGCUCCUAAGCUGACUGCCUUGUGUAGACGGUGAAGAGCCCUUAGGGCUCCCAGGUCCUUUCAAAGAGCUUAUUUGCAGAUGUGCUGAGACUUGGAUUCCCUCUGAUCUGAUAUUGAUGGCCUAUCUUGAGGAGAAUUUCCUUACCAAGGUUUAAGUAGUACUGAAUACUUAUUUCCACCUUUUCAUCUCUCUUCCCAGUCCCAGUGGUCGGACCCCCAGUGAUCAGUCAGUUAUCCCCUAUCCUGUGGAUAGGAGAUGAAUUCUGUCAUAGAGAGGAUCUCAUUAGUGAAGUUUGCAGUCUCGCACCCCUUCAGAUUUCCAGAACUGGAAAACACUAUAGAACGAGAUCUUUUUUUUGGGAGAUUUACUGAAAUUGCUAUUUAGCUUCUGGCACAACAUAUUAAGCAGAGUCUUCCAUAUCGGUAGCGGGAGGCUGCACGCUGUCACAUUCUAGGAACAGCUGUAUGAAAGUUUUUAAAAAUGGGUUGAUGGCACAAUUUCCCUCUGCUUUGAACCCCUGCGAUCAUCCGUAAUCUGUGGGGAAACAUUGUCUACUUUCCAUGACUUGCUUAUUGAUGACCUAUCCUUAGGAUGGCUCCUCAAUAUACACCUGGAGGGGGUCUGACUAUCACCUGUUUUUACUAGGUUGUGAGACCAUAACUACGCAGCUCUGUACACCAUGUAGUGGUUGUGCCUGGUUACUGCAGCGCUGCUCCUGUUCAAGUGAUAACAGCGCAGCCGGCGCUGACUGUUUCAGUAGGUCCCAUUGCGGUCCGAGUUAGGGAACCAGCAUGGCUUGCUGUGCUACUUUUAUUUCCUUGGCUCCCAUGCACCAGUCUGCUCCGCUGUUUUUCCGGCCACGUCAGGAUUUAGUCUCAUCCUGCCUUAGGGCUCACACAUACAACUGUUGCUGUUUUUGCGGUCUGCCAAAAACUGAUAUCGGCCGUGUGCGUUCUACAUUUUGCAGCACAGAAUGUCCUGUCAUCUAUAGAACAGUCCUAUCCCUGUCCGUAAAACAAAUAUUGGACAUGUUUUUUUGAAGGGCAGCUGAGUGGACAUACGGAUGCGGACAUUACAUGGUGUGCUGUCCACUUCUUUUUCAGCCCCAUUGAAAUAAAAGGUCCUCAUCCGACCCGCAAAAAA